AUGUCUCUUAAACGUCUGCAUCGCGAGGAAGAUACUUUUAAUAAAUCUGAUAAUGGAAAUGUCAGUAAUUCCGGUGAUAAAACUGAUUACGGCAACAGUGACAGUGACAGCGACAGUGAUAGCAACAGUGACAGCGACAGCGACAGCAGCCAAAGUGCCAAACGUGCCAGACAUACUCCAAGUCCACUUAUACAUCUACCUUGUGAAGUUCUGACAAAGAUAUUUAUUCUAUCUUCAAACCCUCAGCUUCCUCUGGUCUGUCGCUCUAUUUCGUACAUGCUCUACCAUUGUUCGAAUGGAAUCAAACUAGAAUGGCUUAUGCAUCGACACAAAUAUUCAAUUCAAAAAGCAUUACAAGCCUCAUUGAAUUUUCCCUUCGUUAAUCCCGACCUCAUUUUUCGCUUUUAUUAUCUUUAUCAACAACAGAAUAAUGAUAUUAAUAAUGUUACACUAUUGACUGAUGUUAUGAUUCCUACACGUCUUUUCUCUGAUGCCAAACCUGAAGAUGAGUGCCUGGAACUCACCCGUUUACUGCUGGAGCGUGGGGCAUCCCCUACAAAACCUAAAGGUUACCCAGUUAUUAAAGCAUCCCAAGUGGGUCGCCUUUCGAUGGUCAAACUCCUGGUGGCAUUUGGUGCCGAUCCCACUGUACGUCAGAAUAUGGCAUUAAGAGUCAGUGCUGCUCGCGAUAAUCGAGAAAUAGUCAGCUAUUUCUUGGAUGAUCUCAAGGUAGCCCCUGACAGUGAAACACUCAAAGCUUGUGUUCAAAAAGGUCUGUGGGACAUGGUGACUAUCCUCAUGAAUCAUGGAGCUGUCCCUGAUAUGACCACGGUCAAUUAUGCCUAG